AUGUUAUUCCAAGGGAAUUCAAGGUAUUCUCACCAAAAUUCGUAUGUAGAAGAAUUAGAAGUUAAAACUCAAGUUAAGAGAAAGCAACUGAAAACUGCCAAUUAUAUUAGUGAAUCUGAAACUUUUGAAGGGAUUUUACAUAAUCUCACCCUUGUAGUUUCUGAAAAUAAUGAAACAGAUCCAAGACAAUCCUUAUCUAAAUGCAUCCCUAUUCUUGGAUCCGCUAGAUUAGCUAAAACUUUAUUACAGAAUUCCAAAGCAAAAAUCAAUUAA